GUGUAGACAAAGUGUGACUGUGAGAGCCUUGUCAUUUCAAUGUGACCUGUAUCCGCCAUGCCCUUAUGAUAGAACUGCACGGCUCAAUAUCUCCAGACCGGAGCGCACGCGUGGAGCGCGCACUGUCUCUCAGAGUAACGACACUCACCGUCCGGUGUAAAGUCACUUGAGCCGAGCCAGCAUCUGCGACUAAGAGGUGAAAAUGGCCGAAGACAUUAAAGCCAAACUUGAGAAAUACCGCACCGCUCCCUUUGAUGCCAGAUUCCCCAACCAGAACCAGACCAGGAACUGCUGGUCCAACUACGUGGACUACUACCGCUGCCAGAAAGCUCUGGAUGCCAAGGGAUUAGACACCCAGCCCUGCGAGUGGUACAAAAGGGUCUACAAAUCGCUGUGCCCCAUCUCCUGGAUCCAGAAAUGGGAUGAGCAGAGAGAAGAUGGGACCUUUCCUGGAAAAAUCUGAGGCUUGAGCAUUUCGAAUGCCGAUAGUCUGCAGAGACCUAAUCUUUUCAGUAGAAUGUUUGUACGAUUGUGGUAUAAAACCCGCGGUGUGUAGCCGCCUUUCCACUAACGCUCUGUCCUGAGAGCACACCGAAACUGAAUGGUCAUUCCUUACAGAUACCAUGAAAUGUACAGCAGAUUCUGCAUUAAUAAAAUAUAUUUCAGGAUAUAUUUAUGGAA